AUGAAUGAUUCCACACCAGUGCUGCCUGCAGGUACAACCCACCCAGCUCCUCAGACACUUCUGGAAAGAGGAAUGGAAUCACUCCAAAUUUGGCAAUCUAGUCAUCACAGUGACUUCAGCUGCCCCAUCUGUCUCCAGACAGCUACUCUCCCAGUAGAAACCAACUGUGGACAUUUAUUUUGUGGCUCCUGUCUGAUCACAUACUGGAAACUCAGUCCUUGGUUAGCAGCAAUAACCUGCCCUCUCUGCCGACAAAAAGUGGUUCUCCUGGAUAACACCUCUUGUGGAAAGCAACAAGAUGAGCCAAGUAAACAAACUGUACGUGACAUUAGAGACUACAACAAGCGUUUCUCAGGGCAACCUCGACCCUUUGCAGAUUACCUUUACGACGUGUUGCUAUUCCUGCCUCUUGCCUUGCGAGGAAUCUUCACCUGGGGUGGCCUCCUAUGGAUAUUUUUCCUACGAGUUGCUGUCUGCUCCUUUGGAACACUCCUAUGCUUCUCUCCUCCAUUUGGUACAAAAGCCGGAGCUCUCUGCAGGACGCUGGGGACAGCUGAUGACAUGGUGGUCGUCUCCCUUCUUUUCAUUUGCGUGAUAAACAUCUGUCAGCAAAUCGCAUCCAGUGGGGUGAAUAUGGCAAGGUCUGCAGCUCAGAGCAUGCUGUCAGAGUCCUGA